CGCCACCGUCCUCAAAAGCACCCUGCUCGUUGCCGCUGCCUCUACAUCCGGGCCCUCGCAUCCAAAAUGGCGGGAUACGACCUCACGAGACCCAUCAAUCCCCACUGCGACAGGCAUCUCGUCUUUCCCCUCCUGACACACAUCGUCGAUCGAAAAUGAGCUCUUCCCUGCAGAGCAGGUCCAGAAGGCCCAGUAUGAGCUCGCAAGGAGACCAACAUGGUGGACUACUAUGCAGUCAGUUUCGAGCAGCUUUACCCAGACGAGGCCGUGCCAGACGAAUUCACGCCGGGCACGCGCGAGAACGCUCUCUCGACCAACGAACGCCUCCAGCAAGACGCACAGGCUGUCCUCGAUGUCAUCACGAACCCCGAGGUAGCGCAGUUGCUGCGCCAGGACAACUUCGGAAACUACAGUGCCGCGGCCGACUACCUCUACCACUUCCGCGUCCUCUACCGCGUCCGUGUCCUCUCCACCGACCCCGACUUCACCAUGUCCACUACCUCGCCGCCCCCGCCGUCCUCUCGCGCAAAUCGAGAACCUGAUUCCUCUCCUUGCAUGUGCGGCACUCAUUUCGGGAGUGAGCUCGAGAUGGGUACCCAGCUACCAGAACUCGACAUAAAACACAUCGGCAAGCUCACUAUGGCCCAGUUCCGCAGCAUAUUCUGCCUCACCUACUCCGGAGACCCAGACAUAGUCCUCCGGACAAAUCCCAGGUACAACGUGUCUACGUCCCGCCGCUCUGCACCUCUCCGUGCGUCUCUUCCUCGUGUACAUCCCUCUUCGCUUGACGCUCCUGCUCCUUCUGAACGUGUCCGCUCUCCGGCGCCGGCGCCCUCCUCUCGAACGGGCCGCGCGCCGCCGUUCUGCGCUCUUGCCAGCGUCCGACAAGCUCGCUCACUCAGUGUGCUCCCUUCGACCGACGGCGCAGUCAUGCGGCUGUCCCGCACACUUUGCAACUGCACGACACCCCACUGACGCGACGGACGAACAUCGCCAUACCCGCGCUCAAUGGCGAACACGAACAUGGACGAACUGCGGGCAAUGACACACGAGAAACUGGCGCACGACCGUGCGUCGCGCAACCACCAGCCCGCCUACGCCAUCAAACCGCAUGAACGCCAGCCAGCCCCGGCGCAUACGGGCCAUGAACGCGUAGCAAUUGCGCAAGCUGCGCGGACGGGCCUGCCAAGGCUGCCGGAGGAGACGCGGUUCGUUGCGAAUGCGCUCAGCCGCGAGAGCUUGAGCGAACAACGCGCCGACGGGCUUCGACGAGGAGGC